AUGGACUUCUCCCUCCGAUGCAACUCGCUCAAAUGUCGCACUCAACUGAAGGAGAGGGCAGUGGUGACGACUUGCUCCCAUAUCUUCUGUCUUCCCUGCGCAGAUAGUCUGGGCCUGUCGCAUCCCACUGCAGGCCCCCGUCGCUGCCCUGCUUGCCAGACUGCUCUCUUCAACCCAGACGAUGCUGUGUCCACCGUCCUGAACCCGACAGAGGAUUACAAGACCAGCGUGUUGAGUGGACUGGACCCAGGCACCAUCGUCGAAUGUGCUGGUCGCGCACUCGGAUUCUGGUCGUAUCAGACCACACAGGAAAUAUUCUACCAGGAAUUCCUCGGUAAGGCCCUGACAGACAAGUAUUCCAGCCUCAGCACGAACAUGGACAAGGUCAUCCACAACGCCAACACCGAGAUAUCCUCUCUGCAAAGCAAAGUCGCCGAUCAGCAGCACUGCCCCCACUCCGUUGAAAUCAAACUAAACCCCUGGCCAGACAUGCAAGUAACGCAAGACGAACUGCACAAGAAGAACCAAGACCUAGCCGAGCUCUACCGCGAGAAAUCCAAGAAGCUAUCCCAGAUGGCAAACCUCUACAACCUUCUGAAGGCGCGCGCAAUGCGCUCCGAAAUGCAGACCGCCGCGUCCGACAGCGUCUCGCAGACCCUACACUCGCUGGACAGAUCCUCACGAAGGGCGCUCCAUCCCGUCCCGCCCGGGCCACCACCGAUGCCGACAGCCUCAUCCUCCGUCCCGCGCCGCCCACUGACCCCUGCGUACCCCGUCACGACGGACGGCGUGGAGCAGCUACACCGAUACCAGCGCAGCGGGACGGGCAGUUCCAAGCGAGUACGAACAAAGGAUGUAGAUGCUGCUGCUGUGGCCAUGCCACCGCCCACGGGCCGUUGGCCGUGGAAUAUGCGGAAUCGCCAUCACGAUCGUACGCCUGAGAAGGCGGCCAGCCCGGCGGCGAAACCGCAGCACCGAACUCGGCUACCUGGCCCGUCACGGCCGCCGACGACCAUGUCACAGUUUCCGGGUGGCGAGGCGAUUCUCGAGCGGUUUGGCAGUUAG